UGAAACGCUCCGCCCACUACAGCAUGCUCAGCUACUCCUAUUGCCGCCUAGCAGAUACCACAAGCAUAACAAGCCACCAAGCUGUCAAGCUAUGCUUCUUUCUGUCAAUUGUCUCACCAAUUUGAGAAGUGACUGGUCUUGGACAGGCUGGCUUCUUGGAAUCCGGAGCCGUGUUCUUGGGUAGGUGGGUUGCAGGAAGGUCGUUGGACCUGGACUUCAACAUGGCACUUAAAGAGUGACCUGGGAGUUUUGCCGUUGGCAGAGCCAUUAUUAGUGAGGGACGAACGGCACGGGUGGCAGAUCCGCGAUGCAGAACGGUGCACCAUCUCGGCGGCACGACUUGCCAGAGCUUGCGCCACUUCUGGAGAAGUCCAAGCAAGUCUCUGUGGAUCAAAUUGAUUUGAUCACAAAUUUGCUGGAAGCUGUUUGGUGGGUCAAGGAUGAAUUGCUUGUGCUCUCUGACAAAUACAGCAAGCAAGAGGCGUGCGUUUUGCAGCAGGCUGCACGAAUUGCAGCCUUGGAACAGGAGGUGGAAUCACUCAAAGCAACCCGCUUGGAUUUGCAGCGUGAGCCUCUAACGCCUCCAAAGCCAAAUCCAGCACCAGUGAAGCAGCCAGCCGUCACUGACCUUCUCGACGACCUCUUUCCCCGACAAACGACACCGCCGGAAGAGGAGGAGGAGCGUAUUCUUCUUUCGGAUCCUGUCUUUGAGCAAGAUCCUUGGAAAGGAAGCAACGGGGAGACGCUCAAGCCGCGCACGCCUGCCUUUCAGUCGGAUGGCAAGGCUUCAGUGGCUGCAAACAAAGUCACGAACCUCAGGCCGGAAAAAGUAGAGGAGGUGAAGCCGCCAGAAAAACCAGCUGCUAAGAAACCCAACGCGAAAGCAAUGCCAGCUGGGCUUGGACAAUCCAGGACACAAAAACCAGAACCGAGCGAACAUCUCAGAGAAAAGUUGUUGGCGGCGGCCAAAGCUAAAGCAGAGAAAGCCGCAGCAGACAAAGCCGCGGCUGAGAAAGCUGCGGCCGACCGCAAGUCAGCAGCUGCUGCGCUGUUGUCGAACGUACAAAAGUUGACAAUCGAAGAAGAGGAAGACGAGGAAGGUAUACCUGCAGCACCACCGCCUCCCCCGCCCGCCAAGGCCGUGCCGGUAACAGCCGACCCCAAGUCAAGUUCGGAUUCCAGUGUGGCAGAAAAAGUCAUACCAAAGCCUAGCCAGCCUCCGGCGAAGGCCCCGCCAGUUGCUUUGAUGAGAAAGACCUGAGUCUCCCUGCCAACGGGCAAAGCUGGCUUUGUCGAGUUCUUGUCUCUAGCAUCAUAGUUUCGAUCAGCAUAGGCCUAUGUAGCAUAGUAUCACUUUCUUCAACUUUUCUCCGCUGGCAGGGGAUCCCGACCCUGAAGUUUGGACAAAGAUCCCGCUGUCACCCUUAGUGAGACUUAGCGAACGUGAACCAUAUGACUUGGUGAACACUUUGAGUAUCUCUUGUCAUUGCACCCCUUCAAUUGGAUGCUCAACCAGGUGCAAAUCUGAGUGGCAGUGACGUUGAAAAUCUAAACUUCAGGUCCCGACAUCAAGGGAAUUUGGAGCACACCGUGAGUGGGCUCCAAAAAGUCUUGCAGUGGAC